AUGAAUCCUCCAGACACCAGAGACGAUUCAAACCCUGCAGAGAAUUACAUGUCUCAGCCAGCCUCAUCUUCAGCCUCACCCUCAGUCGAGACUCCAGCUGCCGCAGGAUUAGGAGGAGCAGGAGAAAGAGGACAAGGGCGUUUAUACCUGGACGCCUACGAGGUGGCUUUCCCCCUUGGGGAGAAUGUAGAGCGACCAACCCCAUACCACCUGAACCAAGGCCACCACAUGAUGGAGGAGCCAAUGGUGCAGGAUCUCCCCCACUCUCAGUACAGCUCGUUCAUCCUGGUGUCGAACCUGCGGGCUCACCUGUACGUCACUCUGGAGAAGAACGCCUGGCUGCAGAAGCGCAUCGAGGAGCUGGAGGAGGAGCGAAACUUCCUGCGCUGCCAGCUGGACCGCUUCAUCGUCAGCAUGCGGCCUCCUGAGGAAUGGAGUGGAGACCCCCAGCGUGCGGUGAAGCUGCAGCCUGCCAGCUCCCCCUCCCCUCCCUCACCAAUGACCACCAGGUCAGGAAUGACCCUCAAACGCAUCCAAGGAUCUCGAGCUCACUGCAGCACCGCCAUCCCUGUUAAACAGGAAUUCCAUCUGGAAGAAGACAAAUACUACACCGAGGAUGAGUAUGUGGAGGAAGAUGAGGAGGAGGACGAAGAGGAGGAUGAAGAGGACUCUUUAGUGGAGAAAGGGUCGAAGAAGAGGGCCAGGGGAAAACCCAGCAGGGAGCCGAGGAUGAAGAUGAGGAGGAUCUUCAGGAUCACACACGGGAGGGAGAGACAAAGAGUGAAAGACCCAGAUGGGGUUUUGAUUCGUUACAAGAAGAUCCUGACCACCUACCAGCGUGUGAGGAGCAUGUCCCGGGCCUUCCAGAUCCACGGGGUCGACCGAAACACCAUGGCCUCCACCUCACCCAUCGCUGAGCUGCUGCUGGUGGCGCCGGAGAAGAUGGCCGAAGUCGGAGAGUUUGAGGCGUCGAAGGAGAAGCUUUUGGAUUACGCCCGGCGUUGCUACAAGACCAUGGAUGAAGACACUCACACCAGGGUUCAGACCAUGAAGAAGACCCACAAGCUGCUGCCCAUUUCCUACAGAUUCAGAAACUGA